AUGGGACAGCACGGAUGUUACGUGGGUGUCCUUUCUUCAGGGGCGCUCGUUGCAGCGUCCGCCGCGCUCCACAUGCUCAUGACGCGGAUCCUUCCAGUAGAUGUGGUUUCCUACGCCCCCGCCAUUACCUGGGGCUUUACCUGUCUUUGUCUGCGGAAAGGAAUGAGCUACCUCUAUGUGCUGAUGUUCACAGCACACAUCACCCUUGCCUCGGUUUGCUACUGGAAGAUUGGCACUUCGAAUGCCGUCCUAAAUCGUGUCCUUCUUUACCCGCUGGCAGGGUCAGUGAUGGCCUUGGUGUGCGCCCACCCCCUACCCGCCGUACCAACUCAUGGGAUGGCCGCGGUAGCCCUGCUACAAUGCUGGUCUAUUGUUGGAGGUCUUCUGAUGCUUGUAAUAUUUCCUGCGAGUAUUAUCAGUAGCAUUGAGCCGCAGGAUGUGCGUGGAAGGCGGCUGACAAAAUUUAUGCGCCAAGCCGAUGGAAGGCGAGUCGAGUCGCUCACUGUUUCGUCAAGGAAAGGCGUAACCUUGGAUGUCGUAGUGGUCCAAAGAGAAGAGGAGACGGAUCGCUGGAUAAUUUACUUUGGCGGAAAUGCAGAGAUGAUGGAAGACACUGCAGAAGAAAUGUCUGGUCUAACACAAAUAGUGCAGGCGAACUGGGUUUUCUACAAUGCACGAGGGAUUGGGCGCAGUAAUGGGUAUGCCGCAGAGGUGCGGGACCUUGUGGACGAUGCAGUUCACGUCGUCCGCCACGUGUCCAACCGCUAUUCGAUACCUCCAAAGAAACUCGUGCUUUGGGGGCACAGUAUUGGGGGAGGCAUCGCGGCAGCUGUGGCGCGGCGAGAAUCUAUGUCGUCUCCCCUUGUCUUGGAUCGAACCUUUUCAAGGCUUUCGGACGCAGCUGUGACCUUUUCGCCCUUGCACCCGGCCUUGACAAGGCUGUUGAUUCGAUACACAACUGGGGAACUUGACGUAGUCGCCGAUUGCAAGGCGGCCGCAGGGAACAAGAAGUUGGUGAUCUACCACCGCAUGGACGAGGUCAUCGCGUACGACGUCGCCUCGCUCGGUCGGGGGGACGCCCUUCGUGAGCUGCGUGUGGAUGAAGGAAUGGUGGUGGAGCUGCGUGGUACACUUGUGCAGUCGCCCCACAACAGUCUUUUGUCCGCAUUUGAGGAAAGAAUGAACCUACAUCGCUGUGUAGCUGCGCUUUUUCGCUGA